CUUAGUAAAGUUCGUCGAAGUACUGUUGGAAUGCUAGCUUUACAGGAGACAAUAAAAGAAAAACAGGCAAGGUACAGGGAAGCUAGGGAAAGAAGAAAAAUGAAACUUGCUCAAACACAUCACUAUAUUAUUGAUGUAUUGGCUGAACAACUUCAGCUGCAGAAAACUGAUGUAGAAGAAUUUAUCUUGGAUUCACUAUCUUUGCAACCAUAUGAUGAUUUCUUUUCAAGAGGAGGCAGUAAAACACUUGCAUUCUUUUAUCAGGAAGCAGAUCCUCCGAUAAUAGAAAGUGGACGAAUUAUUGCUGGAGUUGCUAAAGGGACGAAAAUGAUGCGAUUAUUUAUGGGAAAGUUAUCGGAAGUAUGCCUUGAUGGUCUGUGCUUGUUCUUUGUGCGGUACCAAAAUUAUAUUCCUAUCACAGAAAGGAAUAUACAAGAGGAGACAUUCUUCAGCAUUUUGGAUGGUACUGAUGGAAUACUCACUGGUGCUGUGAAUAUACUGGAAAAUAUUUUCUUACCAGCUAUUUCUGCAUGUGGAAAUUGGGGAGCACUUAAUCAAUCCAUUCAUGGGGAGAGGGAGAAGAAAACCUUCAAAGAUACUAUUAAUGGAUACAUCACUUUCUUAAAUGGUACUAAAAUAAGCCUUGAAAAAGCUGUUGUGCUGAAGAGUGAAAUGGUUGACCUUACUCGGCUGCACUCAUUUGAGCAAGUGAAAGCUGCAGCAUCGAAUCCAGAAUUAAUAUUACAGGUUGAAAAUCUGCUUUUGCAAUGGUACAAUCAACUGGAACAGGUUCUAGAACAAAGUAAUCAAGUCAGAAAAGAGGCUGAAAAUUCAGGCCCUCUGACUGAGCUGGAAUACUGGAAAUGUAUGUCUGCGAAAUUCAAUUCCAUCAUAGAGCAACUUAGAGGACAAAAUUGCAGGGCUGUGAUCAAUGUUUUGAAAGCAAGUUACUCAAAGAUGUUGAAGAUGUGGUUGGAGCUAGAUUCUCAAAUCACUGACGCAGCUAAUGGAGCAAAAGACAAUGUGAAAUUUCUGCAAGCAUUGGAGAAAGUUUGUCAGCCACUUUACGAUUCUGAUCCAGUGACCAUGACAAAAGGUGUUCCAAAUUUGAUAAAUGCAAUUCAAAUGAUCCACAAUGUAUCAAGGUAUUACAACACUUCACAGCAGAUGACCUCCCUUUUUAUUAAGGUCACAAACCAAAUGGUUACAGCCUGUAAGGAGUAUAUAACUGAGGGUGGUACAGUUCACAUAUGGGACCAGGAUUCACACAUCAUUAUUAAAAGAAUGGAGGAAUGUAAAGCAUUGUUACAUGAAUAUCGUACGUAUUUCCAGAAAACAAAGCAAAAAGCUGCUGAAACAGAACGAGAUAGUCCAUUUGAUGUGUCCGAAAUGUAUAUUUUUGGUAAACUUGACGUCUUCUGCAAAAGACUAGCAAAAAUCACAAAAAUUCUUGAGGUAUUGAAGACCUUCUCUGCAUUGAGCAAUUCUACAAUUGAGGGAAUAGAGGUUCUCGCAAUCAAAUUCCAGAAUAUAUUUUUAAAUCUUAAGAAAAGUAAUUAUGAUAUAUUGGACCCUCGGAGGAAGGAAUUCGAUAAUGACUAUGCUGCAUUCAUGAAACAAAUCUUUGACUUGGAGAACUUGCUUGAUGACUUCAUGAGCAACAGUUUUUCGAAAAUUAUUUCUUCACGGCAUGCUUUGCAGCUUUUACAGAGAUUUCAGAAUUUGAAUAUUCCAUCUCUUGAGUCAGAAAUUGAAGAAACAAUUGAACGUAUUCUUCAACACUAUGUUGGCGAGUUAAUGUUCAUUAAAAAGCAUUAUCACACCUAUAAAGAGAAUCCACAUCUUAUAAGAGACAUGCCUCCUGCAGCUGGAAAGAUACUGUGGGCAAGACAACUCUUCAGACGUAUAUUUGUACCUAUUGACUUUUUCGAUAAAAAUUCUGACAUUUUAAAAAACCCUCGGGGCAUAUCUGUUGUGCGAAUGUACAAUAAACUUGCAUAUGUAUUGGUCAAGUUUGAAGUAUUACACUUUAAGAUCUGGUCAAAAGAAACGUCAAAAAUUCAAUACGUCAUCCAUGGACCUCUUUUAAAACGAGAUCCAGACACUGGGAUAAUGCAAUUGAACUUCGAUCACAGAAUUUUUGAGCUACUCCGAGAGACCAAAUGUAUGUUAAAGAUGGGCCUGGAUGUACCAGAGGCAGCUAGAUGUUUGCUAAAGUCUGAAAAUAUAUUGAAAUCUAAUCAUGACUGUUUGGAGGCUAUACUUCAUAAAUUUGAAAGAGUAUGCCAAGAAAUGCCUGCUGAGUACACAUCAUUGAUAACUCCAAAGAUUAAUAAAAUUGAAGCUAUUCUAAGACAAGGAGUUACUUUACUGAACUGGUCAUCUUUAACACUUGUACAAUUCUUCUCUGAUGUAGAUACAACCAUAGAUGAACUGAUUGCAUUGUUAAAGAAAGUAACUGAUUUGCAAGAGAGACAUAUUGAUAAGGUAUUGGAUGAAAUAGCCCAAACAACUAUAAUCAAACUACCAGAAGAUCAGGCCUUAACUUUGGAAGAAAUGCUUGCAUUCAGUGAGCUCACUCUGGAUUCUUUGCGAAAUAACCUGGAACAGCCCACCAUAUGGGACCUUGUCAUGAGCCCUGCUAAAGUCCAGCUUCACUGCAAAGAAUGGACAAAGAUUUUAAUUCCAAAAUGUAACGGUGUUGAAAAAACUGUGGACCAAAUAGUAGGAGUGUUUAUAGGUAUCUCUGAUUCAGUGCUGGUGAAAGAAAUUCAUACAUCUAAAAAGGAACCAGAGCAAAGACGAAUUGCAUUUACGGAUGAACCUGAAGAAGAGAAGCUGACUUUUAAGAUUCACUCAACAGCUAAAGCAAAUAUCGAACAAAUCAAAAGAGAUGAAGAGUUUGAAAAGGAUGUGAAGGAGUUCUAUGCAUAUUUUACCCAUCAUCUAGUCGAUGCUUUAGUGAAAUCUACAUCUCUGACAUUGGACACUCUGAAAAGAAGAAUCCUCUUAAGAGAAUAUGGCUUCACAAAUAACAUUGAUGAUUUUCCUCCCUUUCUGAAGUCUGAAGUGCAUUUGGCAAUUCCAAAUGUGAUUAUGGUACCAAAUUUGGAUGAAAUUCAGCAUGCCAUCAUCCGAAUUGUCCAAAUGGUUUUGGAAGUUAGCCGUCGAGUAGUACAGUGGAGGCAGUCAAAAAACCAAGAUAAUUAUGAAUUACUGAGUGGAACAGAAUUGAAUGAAAGUAAAAGUUUCAAGCGGCUGAAGAAUUUUUAUCAUAAUGUGGCAGAACACAAAGACGUAGCCAAAUUAAUUGUAAUACUGUCUACUUCAGUCAAUACUAUGAGGGGUGCUGUUGCUCGUGCACUAGAAUGUUUUCAAAAAUUCAAAAUGCUGUGGUUAGAAGAUAGAGAUACUACAGUUAAGGUAUUUAUGGAUGGUAAUCCCAGUUUGUAUGAACUACGGGCAAAAAUUAAGUACUAUGCUUCUAUACAGCAAGAAAUUGAGGAAGUCAGCCCCAACAUUAUAGUAGAUUUUAUUGAACUGAACACAGAAACAAUAAAAAUCGCCCUUACAGUAGAAGCUAAAGGUUGGAAAAUUGUACUCAGUGGUUUCCUAAAUGAACAGUUUAAGGAAAAAAUGUCAGCAAUAUCAGCAUUUAUUAGCAAACAAAUGAAGAAUAUGGCACGACCUAUUCAGGAUCUGGAUGAUGUUAGAUUUGCCAUGGAUUCUUUAGCAGAAAUACGAGAAAAUGAGAUACAGAUGGAUAUGACUCUGGGACCCAUUGAGGAAGCAUAUAGUAUCCUGAACAAGUUUGAUGUGGAAAUUUCAAAGGAAGAAGCAGAAGGAGCUGACACACUUCGGUAUUUUUUUAACAAAAUGCAAGUUAAAGCUAGAAAUGUGCAGGAUGAAUUGAUGAAGGUUCAACCCAAAUUUAAAGCAGACCUGCUGGAAUCAGUUGAUAUCUUCCAGAAGGAAGUACUCAAAUAUGGUCGACAGUAUGAAAAGGAGGGGCCUAUGGUUCCUGGUAUCCUACCUGCAGAAGCAAGCACAAGGUUACAGAUCUUUCAGAGUUGGUUUGAUGACUUAUGGAGGAAGUUUGAGACAUAUUCAUCAGGAGAACGAUUAUUUGGAUUGCCUGUCCAGGAUUAUGAACUACUACAGAAAAAUAAAAAAGAACUAAGUCUUCUGCAGAAAUUGUAUGGGCUGUAUGAUACAGUGAUGAAUAACAUUAAUGGCUACUAUGAUGUUCUGUGGGUGGAACUGGAUAUUGAGAAGAUUAACACUGAACUGUUAGAGUUUCAGAAUAGGUGUCGUAGACUACCAAAAGCCUUGAAGGAAUGGCAAGCGUAUCUAGAUCUGAAGAAGAAAAUAGAUGAUUUCAGUGAGUCAUGUCCUCUCCUAGAGAUGAUGGCUAGCAAAUCAAUACAACCAAGACAUUGGGAACGAAUAGCUGCAGUAACAGGGCAUAAAUUUAAUGUGACAUCGGAAACAUUCUCUCUGAAACAUGUUAUGGAGGCUCCACUGCUUCAAUUUAAAGAUGAAAUUGAGGAUAUCUGUAUAUCCUCCGUGAAAGAGAAGGAUAUUGAGGCAAAAUUGACUCAGGUGAUGCAGACUUGGGUCAGUCAGACUUUGAGCUUUUCUCCAUUUAAGGGGCGAGGAGAACUAUUGUUAAAAGGACUGGAGACAACUGAAAUCAUAACAAUGAUGGAGGAUAGUUUAAUGAUACUGAGCUCUUUACUCAGCAACAGGUAUAAUUCUUACUACAAGAAGGAUAUUCAAACCUGGGUGCACAGUCUGACAGCGUGCACAACUAUAAUAGAACAGUGGCUUUUAGUUCAAAAUCUGUGGAUUUACCUGGAAGCUGUUUUUGUUGGAGGAGAUAUUGCCAAACAACUACCACAGGAAGCAAAACGUUUUCAUAAUGUUGAUAAAUCAUGGAUAAAAAUUAUGCAACGAGCUCAUGAAAUUCCAGCUGUGGUCCAGUGUUGUGUAGGAGAUGACAUUAUGGGGCAGCUUCUUCCUCACUUACAGGAGCAAUUGGAAAUUUGCCAGAAAUCACUAACAGGAUACUUGGAAAAGAAAAGACUGUUAUUUCCACGAUUCUUUUUUGUCUCUGAUCCAGCAUUAUUGGAAAUCCUUGGCCAGGCUAGUGACUCACACACUAUUCAGGCGCACUUAGCAGGAAUAUUUGAUAAUGUGAAUAAAGUGGCUUUCCAUCCAAAGGAUUAUGAUUGUAUUUUGGCUGUCAUUUCCAGGGAGGAAGAACAAAUUCGUUUGGAUACCCCAGUGAUUGCAAAGGGCCCUGUGGAGCUAUGGUUAAGUGACCUAUUGAGUGCACAACAGUCUUCAUUACACACUGUAAUCAAAUUAAUGUACUACAGCUUCAGUGAACCAGAGUUCCUGCUAAUACCUUUCCUCUAUGAAGCUCCUGGUCAGGUGGGAAUUUUAGCUAUCCAGAUACUGUGGACACGGGACUCAGAGGAAUCAAUUAAAGCUUCAAAGGACAGUAAAAAAAUCAUGCAAACUACUAAUCAGAAGUUCCUGGAGCUGCUAAAUUCACUGAUCAGUCAAACAACUCGUGACCUGACUAAGUUUCAAAGAAUCCAGUUUGAAACUCUUAUCACUAUUCAUGUCCACCAGAGGGACAUAUUUGAUGAGUUGGUAAAAAUGCAUAUCAGAACAGUGACUGACUUUGAGUGGCUGAAACAAUGUCGGGUUUAUUUUAGAGAAGAAACACUAGAUGUAAGAGUGGGGAUUACUGAUGUGGAAUUCAUCUAUCAAAAUGAAUUUUUGGGCUGUACUGAACGACUGGUUAUCACACCUUUGACAGACAGGUGCUAUAUCACUUUAGCUCAAGCCUUGUGGAUGUAUAUGGGAGGUGCCCCUGCUGGACCUGCUGGUACAGGCAAAACCGAGACUGUGAAGGAUAUGGGCAAAGCUCUUGGAAAAUAUGUUGUGGUGUUCAAUUGUUCAGAUCAAAUGGAUUUCAGAGGAUUAGGAAGAAUUUUCAAAGGUUUAGCACAAUCUGGUUCCUGGGGCUGUUUUGAUGAAUUUAAUCGAAUUGAGCUUCCUGUAUUAUCUGUAGCAGCACAACAAAUAUAUAUUGUUCUAACAGCAAAGAAAGAAAGAAAAAAAAGUUUUAUCUUCACUGAUGGAGAUAAUGUGUCACUUAAUCCAGAAUUUGGUAUUUUUAUCACAAUGAAUCCUGGAUAUGCUGGACGCCAAGAAUUGCCAGAAAAUCUAAAAAUUCAAUUUAGGACAGUGGCUAUGAUGGUGCCAGAUAGACAGAUCAUCAUAAGGGUCAAGCUUGCCAGUGUUGGAUUUUUGGACAACGUAUUGCUGGCUCAGAAAUUUUUUGUACUUUACAAACUCUGUGAAGAGCAGCUGACUAAACAGGUUCAUUAUGACUUUGGGUUGAGAAAUAUUCUUUCUGUCUUGAGAACACUGGGAGCUCAGAAGAGAGCGCGACCAGAAGACAGUGAGUCAACAAUUGUCAUGAGAGUUUUAAGAGACAUGAAUCUAUCUAAAUUGGUGGAUGAAGAUGAGCCCCUCUUUCUUAGUCUAAUCAGUGACCUGUUCCCGGGUAUACAAUUGGAUAGUAGCACCUAUGUGGAACUGCAGGCAGCUGUUUCUAAUCAGUUGGAAAUCGCAGGAUUAAUCAAUCAUCCACCAUGGAAUCUUAAACUUGUUCAGCUAUAUGAAACAGCCAGAGUUCGUCAUGGACUGAUGACACUGGGUCCUAGUGGUUCUGGAAAGACUUGCGUAAUUCGCAUCCUCAUGCAAGCAAUGACUGAAUGUGGAGCCCCUCAUCGGGAGAUGCGCAUGAAUCCCAAGGCUAUUACUGCUCCACAGAUGUUUGGCCGAUUGGAUACUGCAACAAAUGACUGGACUGAUGGAAUCUUCUCAACUCUUUGGAGGAAAUCCAUCAAAGCAAAAAAGGGUGAGAAUAUCUGGAUCAUUCUGGAUGGCCCAGUGGAUGCUAUUUGGAUUGAAAAUUUAAAUUCUGUACUCGAUGACAAUAAGACCUUAACAUUGGCUAAUGGUGACCGUAUUCCAAUGGCUCCUUCUUGCAAAUUAUUGUUUGAAGUACACAACAUUGAGAAUGCAUCUCCAGCCACAGUGUCCAGGAUGGGGAUGGUCUAUACAAGUUCUUCUACUCUUAGCUGGAAGCCAAUUUUGAAGGCCUGGUUAAAUAAACGUCUUCCUCGGGAGGCUGAAAUUCUACAAGCCCUGUAUAAUAAAGCAUUUGAAGAAACUUAUUUGUAUAUGAAAUUAAAUCUGAACCCAGUAAUGGAGCUAUUGGAGUGUAACUACAUUAUACAGUCACUUAUACUUCUGGAUGGUUUGAUGCCUUCAACAGAAGAUGGAGGACUUACUAAUGAAUUACAACUUAAUCGGCUGUUUGUAUUUGUACUAAUGUGGAGUAUCGGUGCCUUGUUGGAGCUAGAUGGCAGAGCUAAACUCGAGCAAUUCCUCCAAAAGUACAGAAAUACACUUGACCUACCAGUGAUCUCUGCAGAUGACAAUCAGACCAUGUUUGAGUUUCUUGUUAAUAAGACAGGUGAAUGGGAGGACUGGCAAACACAGGUUCAAGAGUAUUUCUAUCCAGCUGACAGCGAGCCAGAUUAUACUUCAAUUCUUGUACCAAACGUUGACAACGUUAGGACCAACUUUCUUGUGCACGUCAUAGCUAAACAACAUAAGGCAGUACUUUUGACUGGUGAACAGGGGACAGCAAAAACAGUUAUGAUUAAAGGAUAUUUGAAGAAAUAUGAUCCUGAGGAACAUCUGUCCAAAUGUUUGAAUUUCUCUUCUGCCACAGAGCCCUACAUGUUUCAGAGAACUGUUGAAAGUUAUGUGGAGAAACGUGUAGGAAGUACCUAUGGACCUCCAAGUGGACGGAAAAUGACGAUAUUUAUUGAUGAUAUCAACAUGCCAAUUAUUAAUGAAUGGGGAGAUCAGAUUACAAAUGAAAUAGUACGUCAAAUGGUUGAAUCGCAAGGAAUGUAUAACUUAGACAAACCAGGAGACUUUACUAAAAUCGUUGAUGUGCAAUUAAUGGCUGCAAUGAUUCAUCCAGGAGGCGGACGCAAUGACAUUCCUCAGCGGCUAAAGCGGCAGUUCACAAUCUUCAACUGUACACUCCCAACCAAUGCUUCAAUUGACAAGAUUUUUGGAAUUAUUGGAAAUGGAUAUUUUCACCCAGCCAGACAUUUCAUACCUGAAGUCUGUAAUUUGAUAUCAAAACUUGUUGUCUCUAGCAGGGUCCUUUGGCAGUGGACAAAGGUAAAAAUGUUACCUACUCCAGCUAAAUUUCAUUACAUCUUUAACCUGAGAGACCUAUCCCGCAUCUGGCAGGGAAUGCUAACCAUUAAAUGUGAGGAAUGUUGUGAUGAAGAGACAUUGCUGGCUUUGUUCAAACAUGAAUGCACCAGAGUAAUUUCGGACAGAUUUGUAACUGAAGAAGAUAAAAAAUGGUUUGAAGAUGCAGUGACACGUACAAUUGAAAAAAAUAUUGGAAAAGAAUCAUCUGUAAAGCUUUCUGAAGAGCCAUACUUUGUCGACUUUCUUCGUGAAAUGCCAGAGCCAACUGGUGAAGAACCUGAAGAUUAUGUAUUUGUCAUUCCAAAAGUCUAUGAAAUGGUACCAAGCUAUGAAUUCCUGACUGAAAAAUUGAAGUUUUAUCAGGCACAACAUAAUGAAGGUGUUCGAUCAGGAUAUUUUGAUCUAGUCUUCUUUAAAGAUGCAAUGACACACCUGAUGAAAAUAUCUCGUAUAAUCCGCAUAGAUUGGGGAAAUGCUCUACUGGUUGGAGUUGGUGGUUCCGGAAAACAAAGCCUGACAAAGUUGGCAUCCUUCAUUGCUGGAUAUAAAAUCUUUCAGAUCACUUUAACCAGAGCAUACAAUGCUAGCAAUCUGAUGGAUGACUUGAAGAUACUGUACAGAACAGCUGGGGCAGAUGGGAAGGGCAUCACUUUCAUAUUCACUGAUAAUGAAAUCAAGGAAGAGUCUUUUCUUGAAUAUCUCAAUAAUGUGCUUUCUUCCGGAGAGGUAUCAAACUUGUUUGCUCGGGAUGAACUUGAUGAAAUUACUCAAUCACUGAUUGCACCAAUGAAGAAGGAGGCACCUCGGAUCCCUCCCACUUUCGACAAUCUAUAUGAAUAUUUUAUACGAAGAGCCAGAGCAAAUCUACAUGUUGUCCUCUGUUUUUCUCCGGUUGGUGAAAAGUUUCGAUCUCGUGCCCUGAAGUUCCCUGGCCUGAUUUCAGGUUGCACAAUGGACUGGUUCAGUCGUUGGCCCAGACAGGCACUGGUUGCAGUCUCUAGCCACUUUCUUUCUGAUUUUCACAUUGCUUGUUCAGAAGAGGUUAAAAACCAACUGGUAUUAACGAUGGGUGAUUUUCAUGACAAGGUCUAUCAAACCUGUGAAGAUUAUUUUCAGAGAUAUCGGCGUAGAACACAUAUAACCCCAAAAUCUUACCUCGCCUUCAUAAAUAGCUACAAAUCUGUUUACAAAGAAAAACAUGCAAACAUUGAUGAGCUAGCAGAACAUAUGAAAAUGGGUCUCUCUAAGCUUUUGGAAGCAACUGAAUCAGUGGCUCUUCUCGCUAAAGAACUAGCAGGGAAAGAAAAGGAACUGGCAGUGGCAUCUCGUCGUGCUGAUAAGGUGUUAGGAGAGGUGACAGAGAGUGCACAAGCUGCAGAGAAGGUUAAGAACGAAGUCUUAAUAGUGAAAAAUAAAGCCCAGAAGAUCGUUGAUGAAAUAGCAGUGGAUAAAAACUUUGCGGAGGACAAAUUACUAGCUGCAAAGCCUGCACUAGAAGCGGCAGAAGCUGCCCUGAAUACUAUCAAGCCUACUGACAUUGCCACUGUGCGUAAGCUAGCCAAACCACCUCACCUGAUAAUGAGAAUUCUUGAUUGUGUUCUGGUUCUCUUCCAAAAGAAAAUGGACACAGUUACCACGGAUCCAGAGAGGCCCUGUGUUAAGCCUUCCUGGGGCGAGUCUUUGAAGCUGUUGAGUGGCACUGGGUUUCUACAGGCCCUGCAGCAGUUCCCAAAGGACACCAUCAAUGAUGAAACAGUGGAACUGCUCCAGCCGUAUUUUAUCAUGGAUGAUUAUACAUUUGAAAAUGCUAAGAAAGUAUGUGGGAACGUUGCUGGUUUGUUGUCCUGGACUCAGGCUAUGGCUGCCUUUUUUGCCAUCAACAAAGAGGUGCUGCCCCUGAAGGCUAAUUUGGCAGUACAGGAAAACCGUCUCCAAGGGGCCAUGAAGCAGUUAGGAAUUGCCCAGGCCCAGCUAGAUGAGAAACAAGUUGAGCUGGACAAGGUGCAGGCUAAGUUUGAUGCUGCCAUGAAAGAGAAAAUGAAUCUAUUAGAAGAUGCUGAAACAUGUAGAAGAAAGAUGGAAGCUGCCUCGGCUCUAAUAGACGGUUUGAGUGGAGAAAGGAUCAGAUGGACUGACCAGUGCAAGGAGUUUAAAGCACAAAUCAAUAGGCUAGUAGGUGAUGUGCUGUUGGCUACUGGAUUUCUUUCAUAUAGUGGUCCCUUCAAUCAAACUUUCAGAGAUAUACUAAUUAAAGUAAUCUGGGAAACAGAACUUCAGAAAAAGAAGAUCCCAUAUACAGAUGGUAUAAACCUUAUAACCUUUCUGGUGGAUCAGCCCAUGAUCAGUGAGUGGAAUCUACAGGGAUUACCAAGUGAUGACUUGUCAGUUCAGAAUGGUAUAAUUGUCACCAAAGCAACCAGAUAUCCACUUCUCAUUGACCCUCAGACACAGGGUAAAAAUUGGAUUAAGAAGAAAGAGCAAAAUAAUGAAUUACAGGUGACCUUCCUUAAUCACAAGUAUUUUCGCAAUCACCUUGAAGACUCAUUGUCACUUGGACGCCCUCUAUUAUUAGAAGAUGUGCAGGAAGAAUUGGACCCUGCACUGGAUAAUGUGUUGGAGAAGAACUUCAUCAAAAGUGGGACCACUUACAAGGUGAAAGUGGGGGAUAAAGAAACUGAUGUAAUGCCUGGAUUCAUGUUGUACAUCACCACAAAACUUCCAAAUCCUGCCUACACUCCAGAAAUCAGUGCCAAAACAUCCAUCAUUGACUUCACUGUAACCAUUAAGGGUCUUGAGAACCAACUGCUUGGCCGAGUGAUCCUUACUGAGAAACAGGAACUGGAAGCAGAGCGGGUGCAAUUGAUAGAAGAAGUGACUGCAAACAAACGUAAAAUAAAGGAACUGGAGAAUAAUCUACUAUUUAAGCUCAGCACUACUGAAGGUUCACUAGUGGAUGAUGAGUCUCUGAUUGGAGUCCUGCAGACAACAAAGACAACAGCAACUGAAGUCAGUGAAAAGCUGCAUGUGGCAGCAGAGACAGAGAUAAAAAUUAACGCUGCACAAGAAGAAUACCGGCCAGCAGCCACUCGUGGUAGUAUCCUGUAUUUCCUCAUCACAGAAAUGAGCAUGGUCAACAUGAUGUACCAGACCUCACUAGCACAGUUUCUGAAAUUAUUUGACCAGUCCAUGGCCAGAUCUAAAAAAUCUCCUGUCACUUCAAAGAGAAUCAUCAAUAUAAUCGACUACCUGACCGUUGAAGUUUUUAAGUAUUCAGUACGAGGCCUUUAUGAAACUCACAAGUUCCUUUUCACUUUAUUACUUCCUCUGAAGAUUAACCUAGAGCGGGGUUACAUCAAGUACACUGAAUUUCAGACCCUAAUAAAAGGAGGAGCAGCUCUUGAUCUUAAAACCAGUCCACAGAAGCCUUUCCGUUGGAUCCUUGAUUUGACUUGGCUGAACUUGGUGGAGCUGAGCAAACUCCCACAGUUUGCAGAAAUAUUGACCCAGGUAACUAAGCAUGAGAAGGCUUGGAAAGUCUGGUUUGAUGCAGAAACUCCAGAGCUGGCAAUAAUUCCUAAUGGGUACAGUGACUCUUUGGAGUCAUUUGGCAAGCUGUUGCUGAUCAGGUCAUGGUGUCCUGAUAGAAUUUUAUCACAAGCUCGACACUACAUUUCUGAUGCAAUGGGAUCAAAAUAUGCUGAGCCGGUGAUUCUAAACCUGGAGACAACGUGGGAAGAAAGUGACAUACUAACUCCUCUCAUCUGUUUCUUGUCCAUGGGAUCAGAUCCCAGCAAUCAGAUUGAAGGAUUGGCCAAGAAACUUGAAAUUGAUUGUCGGGCAAUAUCCAUGGGUCAGGGACAAGAAGUUCAUGCCAGAAAGCUGGUGGCAAUGUCCAUGCAAAAGGGUGGAUGGGUCUUGCUGCAAAACUGCCACUUAGGUCUGGAGUUUAUGGAUGAGCUCUUGGAGAUUCUGAAUACAAGCGAGAAUGUGAAUGAAUCUUUCCGAGUGUGGAUCACCACUGAACCACAUCCGAAGUUUCCCAUCACACUGCUACAGUCUUCUAUCAAGUUCACCAAUGAACCGCCUCAGGGAGUGCGUGCAGGACUGAAAAGAACAUUUACUGGAAUCACACAAGACCAAAUAGAAUACUCCAACCUGCCCAUGUGGAAACCACUACUGUAUGCAGUCGCUUUCCUACACACCACUGUCCAGGAGCGGCGAAAGUUUGGUCCACUGGGUUGGUGUAUUCCAUAUGAGUUUAACUCCUCAGAUUUUACAGCCAGUAUACAGUUCAUACAGAAUCACCUGGAUGACUGUGAUAAAAAGAAGGGUGUGUCGUGGAAUACCAUAAGAUACAUGCUUGGAGAAGUUCAGUAUGGAGGACGUGUUACAGAUGACUAUGACAAGCGCCUCCUCAAUUGCUUUGCCAAGGUGUGGUUCAAUGAGAAGAUGUUUGAUUCCAAAUUCUGUUUUUAUACUGGUUAUAUUAUUCCAAUAUGUCCAAACAUCGAGAGUUAUCUAGAGUACAUUCAGACUCUGCCCGUUACUGACACUCCUCAGGCGUUUGGCCUUCACCCAAAUGCUGAUAUCACGUAUCAGAGUAACUCUGCAGCUGAAAUUCUCAACACUAUCACCAAUAUUCAGCCAAAGGAAAGUGGUGGUGGAGGAGGAGAGACUCGAGAGGCUAUAGUCUUUAAACUUGCUGAGAGUAUGCUGAAACAACUGCCUCCAGAUUAUAUAGCACAUGAGGUGAAAGCUCAUCUCAUAAAAAUGGGUAUUUUGAAUUCUAUGAAUAUUUUCCUUCGACAAGAAAUUGACCGAAUGCAGAAGGUUAUUACAAUGCUUCGGCUCUGCCUGGGUGACUUACAGCUGGCUAUAGAGGGGACCAUUGUCAUGAGUGAGAACUUAACUGAUGCCUUGGACAACAUGUACGAUGCUCGUGUCCCUCAGGGGUGGAAGAGGAUUUCCUGGGCUUCCUCUACCUUAGGAUUUUGGUUCACAGAGCUUCUCGAGAGAAACACGCAAUUUUCUUCCUGGAUCUUUGAGGGUAGACCUAAUGUCUUUUGGAUGACAGGUUUUUUCAAUCCCCAGGGAUUCUUAACUGCGAUGAGGCAGGAAGUAACACGAGCACAUAAAGGUUGGGCACUGGAUAGUGUCACUCUGCACAAUGAAGUAACAAAACUGAUGAAAGAAGAUAUCAAAGUACCACCUAUAGAUGGAAUAUAUAUCCAUGGUCUUUACCUUGAUGGUGCGGGUUGGGAUAGGAGAAACACAAGGCUGACUGAGCCCACUGCAAAGGUUCUGUUUACGAUGCUACCCGUCAUCUAUAUAUUUGCCAUCAAUUCUACAGCACCUAAAGAUCCCAAACUGUACAUCUGCCCAGUCUACAAGAAGCCCCAACGUACUGACCUGAUGUUUGUCACUGCCCUCUGCAUGAAAACACUUCAGCCACCUGACCACUGGAUCCUGAGAGGAGCAGCCCUGCUCUGUGACAUCAAGUAGAACAAUAUGUUUAAUUUUGAAAUAAUUUAACUGUAUGGUGUUUGAACUUGAAAUAUGAG